GCUGGUUGUGGUGGAAGUGUGCUUGUGACUGAACCUCAGAAGAGAGCAGGCGGAUGAUAUCCACCGGCUGAUCUGUGUAGGCAGAAUGGAGUUCUAUCCUCCCGAAAGUGAAAGGAUGAUGGAGGCUUGGCUUGACGACAACCUAGAGUUCGCACAUUCUUAUUUUGCACGAAAGGCUUCUCGGGAAAUGGUCAACGCUUGGUUUGCUGAGCGUGUCCACUCCAUUCAGCCAUCUAGGGAAGGAACAAAAGCCCCGGCAGAACCUUUAUUGGCCCUCCAUCCAACUGAUGCGCCAUCUCCAAGUCCAGCUCCAUCCACCCCUACACGAAAGAUCUCUGCAUCUGAGUUUGAUAGGCCGCUUCGCCCCAUUGUUGUGAAAGACGCUGAGGGUUCGCUUACUUUUCUUAGUGAUACAGAAAGGGUGCAGAUGCCACUUCCUCAACCCCAGCGGUCUGGCUCAGGCAAUGGGACAGAUGAGGGUGGAGGUAUUAUGAAUUCAGGAGUUCACGAAAAUGGGGACUGCUGUGCUCGUCUGCUGGAGCUUGUACGUGAUGUUUCAAGUCACUUGGACCUUACUGCCCUCUGCCACAAGAUCUUCUUACACACUCAUGAGUUGAUAGCUGCAGAUCGCUAUUCAUUGUUCUUGGUUGGAGAGGACAGUUCAAACAGGAAGUUCCUGGUUAGCCGGCUCUUUGAUGUCGCAGAAGGAUCCACUCUUGAGGAGGCUUCCAACAGUGGUAUUCGCCUAGAAUGGAACAAAGGAAUUGUGGGAUAUGUGGCAGUCACCGGACAGCCUCUGAACAUCAAGAAUGCAUAUGAGGAUCCACGUUUUAAUGCAGAAGUGGACCAAAUUACAGGAUAUAAGACGCAGAGCAUCUUGUGUUUGCCCAUCAAAAACCACAGAGAAGAAGUUGUUGGAGUAGCGCAAGCAAUCAAUAAAAGGUGCGGAGAGAACAGUGCCUUCACAGAACAGGAUGACUUUUCUUCAUACCUGGCUUUCUCUGGCAUAGUGCUACACAAUGCACAGCUCUAUGAGACAUCACAGCUGGAGAACAGGCGAAACCAGGUGUUGUUGGAUCUGGCUAGUCUGAUCUUUGAGGAGCAGCAGUCUUUGGAGGUCUUACUGAGGAAAACUGUGGCCACUAUCCUGUCUUUCAUGCAGGCCCAAGAAUGCACUGUCUUCAUUUCUGACAGGGAAACAGCUAACACAUUCUCCAGUGUGUUUCACAUGGAAUACGAGGAGCUUGCAGGAUCCGUGGACAUCCCAAACAGAACAUGUGAUGUCAACAAGAUUAACUAUAUGUAUGCCCAGUAUGUCAAGAACACUAUGGAGCCACUGAACAUUGCAGAUGUCACCAAAGACCAGCGAUUUCCAUGGACAGGUGAAAAUCUACAAUCCUCAAACUGUCAAAUCAAAAGUCUACUGUGCACUUCAAUAAGGAAUGGGAAGAAAGACAAAGUGAUAGGUGUCUGCCAGUUGGUCAAUAAGAUGGAUGAAGCUUCAGGGGAAGUAAAAGCCUUUAAUAGGAACGAUGAGCAGUUUCUAGAGGCCUUUGCUAUCUUUUGUGGGCUGGGAAUCCAGAACACACAGAUGUAUGAAGCAGUGGAAAGAGCAAUGGCCAAGCAAGAGGUCACACUUGAGGUCCUCUCUUAUCAUGCCUCGGCUGCAGAGGAAGAGACGCGGGCGCUCCAGGUAACUGCGGUGGCUACGAUUCCCUCUGCUCAGUCUCUCAAACUGCUGGACUUCAGCUUCAGUGAUUUUGACCUGACGGAUGCUGAGACGACACAAGCAACCAUCCGCAUGUUUGUGGACCUCAAGCUUGUGCAGAAUUUUCAGAUGAAGUACAAGAGUUUGUGUCAGUGGAUCUUAAGUGUAAAGAAGAACUACAGGAAGAAUGUGGUCUACCACAACUGGCGACAUGCCUUCAACACCUCCCAGUGCAUGUUUGCUGUGCUGAAGUCUGGUCGGUUUCAGACUAAUCUGAGUGAUUUGGAGGUUUUAGCUUUAAUGAUUGCAACAUUGAGCCAUGAUUUGGACCAUCGAGGUGUCAACAACUCCUACAUCAAAAGAAGCGACCAUCCACUGGCCCAGCUGUACUGCCACUCCACAAUGGAGCACCACCAUUUUGACCAGUGUCUUAUGAUUCUCAACAGUCCAGCGCUGACGGGUGUCUCGGAGUACUGCUCCCCCCUGCUGGAGGGAUGUAGGAAGAACAGACAGAAUUGGAAGCUGCUCGCUGAGCAAGGAGAGGAAGCUUUGCUAAAUGGAGGACUGUGA